AUGCCAGAGCAGGCUAGGGCCUACGAAGUUGACGAGAUGCUGGUUCAGGAGAUGGAGAACUACAGAAUGUUUAUUGACCGGCUCGAGACCAUCAGAGCCAAACACGAGCCGCUGCAACCAGCGUUGUUGCUGGCUGAAAGCUUUAUUGAAGAAGCUAAACGCUUGCUCAACGAGGAUGACCUGACCCAGGCCAACCAAAAAGAAUAUCCACUAUCGAUAGGUAUGAAGGGCUCCGGAUCCAUAUCGAAAACUGUUCUAACGUCUAUGGUAUCUCGUUCAAAUCUAAUUCUGAAUGGCUUCACUUCGGACGUCUUCCUCUACCUCUUUCCUGAGUCCGCGCAUCGGGCCAGGGCUGAGGAGCACAUUCAACGACACACAAUUCUACGCCGUAUGGUCAAGAUUUACCUGAUCUGUGGAAACGACUAUGCCACUCCCCAAGACAUUCCGCACACGAUGUUUAUGGAUCAGAAGUCGGCAAGCAAGGCGGCAAAGUCAGACCCUUCACCCCUAUCAGUCGGCGCCAUCCAGGUACCGGACACGGUAGUCCAAAGAAUGGCAACACCAAUGAUUGUACCUAGGUACACCCUUCAGGCGGGCAGCCGCGACCGUUCCCCACUAUCCGACCUCAAAUCUCCGGCGUGGCGACUUCCGGAGAAGGCUCACAGUUGGGAACAUGAGUACUGGACGGCCGUUGGGCGGGCUCUUGCGACAAGUAGCGCUGUUGGACUGUAG